CAUUUCUAUUCGAUCAUUAACAAAAUCAUAGAACAAGUCGAACCCCUUCAACCAAUUCCUAACUCCAUAACCCCAAACAUAAACACAACCGCAAACCCUAUAUGUUUUCAAACCUAUAUCCUUAAAUUCUCAGACGACUUUCAUUUCCGAGUUUUCUUAGUUUCUUCUUCGAUUUCGGGUUGUUAAAUAUAAUGAUGGCGAGGCUCGAGACCGAACAGCUCAAACAGCUUAAAGACAUCUUCAUGAGGUUUGACAUGAACUCCGACGGCAGCCUAACCCACCUGGAGCUGGGGGCGCUGCUCCGGUCCCUCGGUGUCAAGCCCCACGGCGACCAGCUCCACGUUCUGCUGAACAACAUGGACGCCAAUGGAAACGGCGCUGUUGAGUUCGAGGAGUUGGUAAACGCCAUCUUGCCGAAUAUGAACGACGAGAUUCUGGUGAACCAAGAGCAACUCAUGGAGGUGUUCCGGUCGUUCGACCGCGACGGUAACGGCUACAUAACGGCGGCCGAGCUGGCGGGGUCGAUGGCCAAGAUGGGACACCCCUUAACGUACCGGGAGUUGUCUGAUAUGAUGAGGGAGGCCGACUCCAACGGUGACGGUGUCAUCAGCUUCAACGAGUUCGCCACCAUCAUGUCACGGUCCGCCGCUAACUUUCUCGGAAUAUGACAGAAUGGAAGUGGCCGGCGGUUAGGAGAGGGAGCCACCACUUUAGGCGUGUUUCGUUCGUCAUUUAUGGGAUGACCUGACUCUUUCAAUGCAAGCUGACUUUUAUUAGUUGAAAUUUUCUUCUUCUUUUUAUCUUUAAUCUUCUAAAUUAUGUGCAUGUUUUUAUAUGUAGAAGAGAAUUUCAAGUGUACAUGAUUUGAAGAAGAUAGAAAGUGUGUGCGUGAAUUUCUAGUAGUUAAGAUCAGAAGAGAAUUACCAAUAAAUUAUUAAUAGAAUUGAAACAUGUAAAUUUUGCCGCAGAAAUUGUUGUGUUAUUACUUAUCUUUUGAACUG